AUGGGUGGGAUACUUCUCCUUUUAGGCUUAUGCCUAGUUAUGGCUCUGGCCUCGUUCCUCGCUGGAGCGCUACCAUUGUCCAUGUCGCUUUCUCCAUCUCAACUGCGACUGCUAUCGAGUGUUGGCGUAGGAAUAUUAGUCGGCACCUCACUUAUAGUUAUCAUUCCUGAAGGAAUCGAGGCUGCGACCUCGCCCGCAGAGGCUGCUCACAUGCAUCGAGUCAGAACUUUGGUGCGCCGAAGCCCCUGGAACCACCCUGUUCUCGCACGCGGCAUUCCCGAAUCAAUUGCUACGAUUAGCACAGGUCCAAUUCAAAAACGUGACGAGGAAUUGAAUAUUGAAGCGAUCAUUCGUCGGGUCGCGAAGUCAGCAACAGGAAAUGUCCGAGUCGAACGUGCGGAUGUUCAUGCUGCUGUGGAAGCUGCAGCAGACGUUCCAGCUAUACCAACGGCCGCAGAUGCCACCGAGGACAACACUCCAGAAAGCAAAGGGACCGAAAAGACAGAAACCGAAAAAGAAGACGGGCAUAGUCACAAUGAGGAUCACGAAGCAGAACACGAUCACGAACAUGAAGACGAGCACGAGCACGCGCAUGCAGUUCCUACAUUCGAGAUCGGCUUCUCCCUGAUUCUAGGAUUCCUGCUGAUGUUCCUGAUCGAUCGACUGCCCCGUCAUGCAACAGAGAGUCUCCAUUCUGCGCCACAGACACGCCAUAUCAGCCUCGACAACCUCAACGGCGAUUCCGCCUCCGUUGACGAGGAAGCAGAUGGGUUUUUGGGGUCAUUGGCACCUAGUCCACGACGAGCGCGAAGUUUGGCAACGACCACGGGUUUAGUUAUCCAUGCCGCAGCCGACGGAAUCGCAAUGGGAGCUUCCUCAACCACUACAGACAUGAAGCUUGGCUUCAUCAUCUUUGCAGCCAUCAUGAUACACAAAGCUCCUGCUGCUUUUGGUCUCACCUCUCUUCUCCUCAAACAGGGCCUAUCAAAACGAGCUGCUCGAGGACAUCUCAUUGUUUUCAGUUUGGCUGCCCCUGUUGGGGCGAUAACAACAUGGUCACUUAUCACACUGCUGGGCGGUGGCAAGGUUGAGAGUGAUCAUUGGUGGACGGGCAUGCUGCUUCUCUUCUCAGGUGGCACGUUCUUAUAUGUUGCCAUGCAUGCUAUGCAAGAAGACAGCGGUAGUCACCAACACGAUCAUAGUCUUAACGGCUAUGCAGAUAGCAGCGUCACGACGCAGCGAAAGCCCAAGGGCCCGCAGAUGCGUGAUACCUUGGCCACUGUGGGUGGCAUGCUGGUGCCGCUUCUUACGCAGUUUGGCCAUCACCACUAA